AUGAACAAAUGUCACGUAUGCUGUGACAUCAUCGUGGGACGGAGGUCACUGACCUUCAGCAAAGCAGCAGUGAGGCGCCGCCCACGACAAACCUCAAGGCGGCGCCCACCACAGCAGUCUCCAGUCUUUAGGCGUCGCCCUCUACAGUCAGCACCCAGCCAGCCCAGUGUCUGGCGCCGGCGCCCUGCGCCAGAAGUUUGCCGCCCAAAUCCUGAGCACGUGGCCAGUCUGGCGCCGCCCAAUCUGUCUCCCCAGCCCUGCGUCGCCUCAACUGCUCCCCUGCGUCGGCGUCGGCGUCGGCGUCCUCCCUUCUACCCGGCGCCUAACUUACUGCUUGGCUAAGUGUUGGUGUUUCAACUAGUCUCCAAGUGGGAAAAUUGUUGAUUUUUUUUUAUAGAGUCUAGUUUAUAUGUG